AUGGGGCAUUCGAGAAGGACCUCCAUGGAUGAUAUGAGCCUCGUAGCUAACUUCCCUACGGGACGGCGAGAUCAUUCCAGAUCUCCACCCAAGCAAGAUUUCCACGACGAUUCUCGAGGAACAGACUCUCGGUACCGGGACAAUGAUGAUUACGAUUACGACUACCGAUCUGGUAGCUACGACGACGUGUACUCAGAAAGAAGUGGCGGAACCCGGGAGACACGCUACAACGCUCGCGACGAACAUGACUACCGAGGCAUGUACGAUGAUGGCUACAUGGACGAUGACGAUCAAGGGAGACGGCAUCCCGAGGACCAUAAGCACCAAAGUAGCAGAAGAACAUAUCGCGACCACGAUGACCCUCGGCCGCGGUCCCCAUCCGGAAGCCAUCAUCACCACCGCUCCAACAGUCCGACACGAGACGCCGGCAAACCCAGCGAUACCGUCAUUCUCGAAGGCCUGCCGUUUAGUAUAUCGUCGAAUGAGCUUCGAGACCGUAUCUUGAGCAACCCCGUUGCCGCCGACUUCCCGUCAAUAGAUCUUCGCAUUUCCGCUUCCAAAGGAAAUCGUAGAGCGUUUGUGCAGUUUCAAGAAGUUGAUCAUGCUAUUGCUUUUAUGAGAGAGCAUUAUCCAAAGCUUCUUGUUGAAAUGGCACACUCCACUGAUGAUGUCCCAGAAGGGAGAUUCGAUGCGUACAUUCACUACGCUCGAAGUCGAGAUUCGCGCGAUGCAACAGAUGUCCGUGGCAUCCCUGGAAGCGAUUGGACUUGCCCAACCUGUGACUUUUCCAACUAUUCUACUCGUACCAAGUGCAAGAUCUGUGGUGGCCCACAAGCUGCUCCAGCAUGGCAGUUGAGUCUUACAGGCAUGGCAGAUGCCUCGGAUGUACCCGCGCAAAUCCUUGUUGUCUAUCCUUUAGCAUCGUUCGUGACAGAGGACAUGCUAGCCAACGAUAUGAAGCGUCUAGAGCUUGUGAAGCCUGAAAAGGACAAGGACACCUCGAACAGCGCACCGAAACUGAAGUCUACAGCACCGACUGGUGAUACCACAGGCUACGGCGCCCGACCCGGGUCCCUGCAUCGAGUCUUUCUCAUGCGCGAUGCCAGCACUGAUGAAUCCUUCAAAUACGGAUUUGCUGAAUUUUGGACUGUGGAAGAUGCCACAGCUGCUGUGACCAAGUUCCAGAAGUCGAGAUCGUUCACUGUCGCCGCUUGCCCAGUGACGGUAGCGAGCACUCAUAUGGGCGUCUUUCUUCCUGAAGAGCGAGAGGUUGUACCUGCUAUCGAACACAUGUCGUUCAAUCCUCUGUUCAACCCGAACCUUCGGGUCCGCUAUAGGGAUUAUCAUGUCUAUCCCAGUCAGCAGAUUAUCACUGAGCAACCUCCCGCAGGCGAGGGGGAAGUGAAGGCGCGCGAAGAAGAGGCAGCCGAUAAAAAAUCAAAGAAACGCAAAGCAGAGGGAAGCAUAGCAGCAUUGCCCGCGAAGAAAUCUGCGCCUGUGAUGGCAGGCCGGAUGGCUAUGUGGCAGCAGAAAAGCAACGAGCUUCGUGAGGAGAAGGAGGCAAGGCCAGCGAGGCCAGGAAAGGCCGAAUUCAGCGAUGUGAAUCGAACACCGCUACGUAUAAACCUUUCAGGAUCUGGUGUAGAUGCCCCCAAACCUCAGAGUGCCAUCAAGAUCUCUAUCUCUGGGACUGCGACUGCGAAGCUCGACACCCCUGAGAUCACAGCUCCCGACAAGCAGGCUUCACCCGAUGAAGUCGGUACGCCUGGUAGCUCCAUGCAGCAAGCAUCAGCGUCAGAGGAACCUCCAGUUUCCUACGUUGACCGCGAUCGACUGAUGUGCUUGAUCUGCAUGCGAAAGUACAAAUCAGUAGACGAAGUCAACAUCCAUGAAAGAUCUCGGAACCAUAAGAAUGCGACGGAAAACGAGGAGCAAGUCAAGGCUGCAUUGCCCAGACUAGCGACGCGCGACAAGAGACUGCAGAAGCAAGCCCAGGACAACCCCGACAUUGCCAAUGCUACUUCCCAGUACCGUGACCGUGCCAAGGAGAGACGAGCCGUCUACAACCAACCCACCAAGCCCACGACCGCAUCGCAAGGGAAACCCAAAUCCGCUCCUAAGACAGAAGAGGCCAGACCGACCCCGAAGCCUGCCCAGUCCAAGGGAGCAGGUAUGCUGGCCAAAAUGGGUUGGUCUACAGGUGCAGGUCUAGGAGCCAAUGGGGAGGGUCGAACUGAAGUCAUCGAGACAAAUGCCUAUCAGGAAGGUGUUGGGCUGGGUGCUGAGGGCGGUAAUCUGGGCGAUGCAGCGCAGUUGGCUGAGCGCAAGACGAAGAACACCUACGCCGAUUACGUGAACACUGUGCAGGACAAGGCACGGGAGCGAUACAACAAGAUGGGCUGA